GAAGCAAAUAUUGUGGGCUGGUUAGUAAAAUGAUUUUUAAAAGUUGUAUCUGAAGACCACCCUUGAAUAUGUCAAUACCAUGAUCAUUCAGGCUAUUGCCUUGCUGGCUGACCUUUUUUACAGUUAGUAUUGCUUGUACUCUGUUUCUUCAUAUCAAUGAAAGAUAGACAAAACUUUUUCGUAUUCGCGAAAUAAAAAGAGCUCACUGUCAUAGUGAAAGAUACCUAAAAUGUCAUUUUCCUGUUAAGCUUGGUGGAAAACUCAUGAUUGACUUGAGCAUGGCCCACAGCAGCUUUUGUGGAAGCCUCAUGGUUGACCUGACCAAAUUCCGUGGCCACGUAGUGGAAGCCUCAUGACUGACUUGGACACUUGGUGGAAAGCAUCACUCAAAGUCCUCCUUGGUGUGCGCUGCCGACUAGCACGCAGUUUUCAUGGUAUACUGCCUGCCUUGUAUUAUGCAGAGAGGUAGUGGCUCCAAUCUGAAUUGGGCCACUGCUGUCCUAGUCUAAAUUUGAUUGGUCCCAAAUGGAUCGUAGUGACAUUCCGCAUAAUCCAAAUUUGGUUGGUCCCAGUCUACAUAUACAUCCUCUUCAUUUGAACAGCAGAGCAGAGCACAUUUCACAUUCACACUUUUCGAAUUGGGCCACUGCUGUCCUAAUCCGAAUUUGGUUGGUCCCAAAUGGAUCGUAGUGACAUUACGCGUGAGACAGUCAGCUGAGCAUAUUAUUGAUUCCUGUGCCAGUCUAUAUAUACAUUCUUUUCUUCCUUCUUCGAAUAGCAGAGCAGAGCAGAGCACAUUAUUCACACUCUUUCCCAUGCCUCCCCUCUACAUAUUAGCUCUUGGGCUUCUCCUCUUACACACUCCUCGCUGCUCCUCGUCUGCACCUGCUGGUGAUACCCUCACUGAAGGCCAAGUGCUUGCCGUCGGCGACAAGCUCGUCUCGACGAACGGCAAGUUCGCGCUCGGCUUCUUCCAGCCUGCAACGACCACCAUUAGUAAGUCUCAGAACGCCACCAGCUCCAGCUCCAGCUGGUACCUUGGCAUAUGGUUCAAUAAGAUCCCGGUUUUUACUGUCGUGUGGGUUGCUAAUCGGGAGGAGCCCAUCGCCCAUUCCAACAUCAACUCAACAAAGCUCAAGUUCUCAAGUGACGGCAAUCUUGUCAUUGUCACAAACCGUGCUGAUGCCGUCACUGAAUCCCUUGUUUGGUCCACUCAUAUUGUUAAUAGGACACAAGCCAGUAGCAUAAACACCACCACUUCUAGUGCCGUUGUUCUCUUGAACAGUGGAAACCUUGCCCUACUCACAAAUAGUAAAGUGAUGUUGUGGCAGAGCUUCGACUACCCAACAGAUAUCGCGCUUUCUGGCGCCAAGCUUGGCUGGAACAAGGUCACUGGUUUCAGUCGCAAGUUCAUAUCAAAGAAGAGCCUCAUUGAUAUGGGUCUUGGCUCAUACAGCCUAGAACUAGACACCAGCGGCGUCGCCGUCCUCAAGCGCCGCAACAAUCCCUCUGUAGUCUAUUGGCAUUGGGCAUCCUCCAAAACAUCAUCACUGAGUGUUUUACCAACACUAAAGACAAUUAUAGAUUUGGAUCCACGCACCAAAGGCUUGAUGAACCCAAUAUAUGUCGACAACGAGCAAGAGGAGUACUACAUGUACACAUCACCGGAGGAAUCAUCGUCUUCCCUCUUUGUCUCACUAGACAUCUCUGGUCAGGUCAAGCUGAAUGUUUGGUCGCAAGCCGACCAGUCUUGGCAAACCAUAUGUGCUGAGCCUGCCGAUGCCUGCACUCCAGCUGCUACCUGCGGACCUUUCACAGUCUGCAAUGGCAAUGCUCAGCCAUCCUGUGACUGUAUGGAGAGCUUCUCUCAGAAGUCACCACAGGAUUGGGAGUUUGAGGAUCGAACAGGAGGCUGCAUCAGAAACACACCUUUGCAUUGCAGCACUAGUGGUAACAACAAAAACAUGACAAGUUCAACAGACAUAUUCCACCCCAUUUCUCAAGUUGUGUUACCCUACAACCCACAAAGCAUAGAUGUUGCUACCACUCAGAGCAAAUGCGAAGAAGCUUGUCUCAGUUCCUGCUCCUGCACUGCUUAUUCCUAUAACAAUAGCAGAUGCUCUGUCUGGCAUGGUGAAUUGCUCAGUGUAAAUCUGAAUGAUGGCAUUGACAAUAAUUCUAAAGAUGCUCUUUACCUCCGUCUUGCCGCGGCUGCAAAGUUUGAAAAGAAGAAGAAUCAAACAAACAUAAGAGUUGUAACUGCUGCAAGCAUUAUUGGUUUUGGAUUAUUGCUAAUGCUCGUGCUGCUGUUAGUGAUUUGGAAGAACAAAUUCAAACCAUUAUACAACAAUCAAGGUACUGGUGGUGGGAUAAUAGCCUUUAGAUACACUGAUUUAGUUCGUGCUACUAAAAACUUCUCAGAGAAACUGGGAGGAGGUGGUUUUGGUUCUGUAUACAAAGGAGUCUUAAGGGACUCGACUAGUAUAGCAGUGAAAAGGCUUGAUGGUGCCCGUCAAGGAGAGAAGCAAUUCAGGGCUGAGGUGAGCUCAAUUGGACUGAUCCAGCAUAUUAACAUAGUAAAAUUGAUCGGUUUCUGCUGCGAAGGUGAUCACAGGUUACUUGUGUAUGAACACAUGUUAAAUGGUUCUCUUGAUGGUCAUCUAUUUGGGAAGAGAAACAUUGCUGUUGCUGUCCUAAAUUGGAACACCAGAUAUCAAAUAGCCCUAGGAGUUGCCAAAGGAUUGUCCUACUUGCAUCAGGGUUGUCACAAAUGCAUCAUACAUUGCGACAUUAAGCCAGGAAACAUACUUGUGGAUCCAUCUUUUGUUCCUAAAAUUGCAGACUUUGGGUUGGCAGCGUUUGUGGGAAGGGAUUUUAGCCGAGUUCUGACAACAUUCAGAGGAACUGCUGGUUAUCUUGCCCCAGAGUGGCUUAGCGGAGUUGCAAUCACACCGAAAAUUGACGUUUAUGGCUUUGGCAUGGUACUUCUGGAAAUCAUUUCAGGAAGGAGGAAUUCCUCACUUGAAACAUCAUACAACACUAGUGGCAGUAGCAGUUACCAGAAUGUUGAAUAUUUCCCUGUGCAAGCCAUCAGCAAGCUUCACAGCGGAGAUGUGAAGAGUUUGGUGGAUCCACAAUUGCAUGGGGAUUUCAAUUUGGAAGAGGCUGAAAGAGUUUGCAAAGUUGCAUGCUGGUGCAUCCAAGAUAAUGAGUUUGAUCGGCCGCCUAUGGUUGAAGUGGUCCGGGUUCUUGAGGGUCUGCAAAAGAUUGAUAUGCCCCCGAUGCCAAGACUACUUGCAGCUCUAAUGGUCUAACGGAACUGUCUGAAUCUGCAACUUCAAUGUAAUAUAAUAACUCAUAGAGUGUUUCGCAUGCAAUCAAUGUUAUUCAUCUUUGUUUCAGCACAUUCUUGAAAACUGUAAUGUUGAGUGGAAGGAAUAAAGCAAGCUUGCAGUUGCUAAAUCAUCUAUUAUUUGCGUUUUUGUGAUAAGCAAGCAUUGCAGCAAAAUAUGGCAGAACUAGAAAUAUGCAUAUGUUUUGUUGUUGGGAUAGUUCGAGAGCCUGGUCAUGCCUCAUGCUCCCUCGAUGGCGGGGCCUCUUCAUUCACGACGUCAGCAGCCUGGACCCACAGUGCCGGUGUGGCUGUCUGGCUGCGAAGGAAACAUGCUCAGACGAAUGAUAAAAUGAAUCCAGCCUUGAAGAUGGCCAAAGAUGACAUGAAGGUAUGUAAUAUGUUGACAAUUACUACAUAUAAAUGCACUUGUUCUGUGUUGAUUUUUCUCCUAUCACCAUCUUCUCUUGAGGAUAUUAUUGCCUUUCUUGGAGAUUAUAAUGAUGAUAGAAUUCUUAUUUCAUAAUAUUCACCAUAUUAUAUAGUAAUGCAAUGCAUUCUUUCUUUCCUUGAAUUAUUUUUCUCAGAAGUAACUUGGCUAACAAUGUCAUUUUUAUAUGCUGCAACCUAGAAGAAACAGCCACCAGUGGACGGGAAUUCGUCACAUAAAGUGCUCUGUCUCCUUGAGUCCAUGCUGACAAAGCAAUGCAGAAGCAUCCCUCCUACUGUAAUAACUACAUCUGGGCUUUUAAACAUCCUAAAUUUUACAAAUUUGGUAAAGGAUUCUCUACCAGCAGCAAAGAACUGUUUCUCUUUCGAUUGCCCCUUUUUUUUUCUGCCUUUCUACUGUUUGCAAAUGUCCUGAUGUAUUUAUGUGCUGUGUUUUGGCAUCUGGAACGAAGCAUGAAGCAUAAGCUUCUCAAGGUA